UACGGGCAGCAGGCUGACCAACCGGCGAGCCCGAGCGGGUUUGAGAACGCGCAUGCGCGCCCUACUUCCCGUGCUGGUGUUUCUUGUGACUGCUUGGGCCGACCGACCGAGUACCUGGUUUCCCGGAGCGGCAGCGAAGGCGCGGCGCCUGCGGGUAAAGAGAAGAGUUCUGGAUGUUAAAAUUUUAAAAUAAUGUGAAGAUUAUUAAAGCAAAUAUGAAUAAAGGCUAAUAUUAUGUGUGAUGGAAGUGUGACAGUGGAUCAGUCUGGAGCAGACAAAUGUUAUAUGACAUAACUGUGGAAGAAGACUGCAUUUUUGUUUUCUGUCAAUUGUUUUUUUUUUAAUGACAACCUUUGAAAAUUGUGAGCCUCCCAGUCUGGAUUUACUCUAUGUACAAGUGAUGCAUCUUUAAAGAAGCAAAAUUUACCUUCUAUUUUAAAAAGUAAACACUAUAUUUAUUAAUGAUUUAAGAAGACUGAAACAGGACCAAACCUCCAGUUUGCUCCUCACAAUUCCUCUUGAACGAAAAGGAUUUUCAGCUCAGCAUUCUACCAGCUGUUACUAGGAUUUAGCACUUAAGAGAAAAAUAAAUGCAAGCAACUGCCACUCAGUCCUAGUUCCUGAUGAAAUCAGGAGGCAGAUUUCUAGCCCUGGGAGAAAAGAGCAUUCUGGAGGCAGAAAAACAUAUGUUCUAGACUAACAUAUUUGCUAGUAAUGUAACUCCCCAAACAUCCCUCACAAUGCAUUGUUUUAUCUUAAAAACAAAUUAGAAAGGAAAAACUGCCUUGAAAAUUAAUUGUUCGGUUUCUAAAAAUAAUAUGAAUUAAUAAUACAUCAAAACCAUUGGGAGCUUAUAUCUAGUACACCAUCUUUCUUGGAAUUUUUCUCCAAUACAUCUUGUCUUCUUGCACUAAAAAUUCCAAUCCAGCUGCAGUUUUCAGCCUUAUUGAACUAUUUUUUUCACCUUCAGAAGAUGAUACUCUCCAGAAGCUACAUGGUGACUGCUUUUUCCAGAAUUUAAUUUUACAUUUUUAUUUUUCAAAAAAAAAAAUCUUGGGAUUAGGUUUAUUCUCCUGAUUGGAUCCUGUGCUGUUCAUUUAAGAAUUCUAUCCAGAUUUAUUCUUUUUUGUCAAUGCCAUCUUGAUUUAUAAUUGUGAAUAAGAUCUGGCUCUUAACAGACAACUUGGAGAACUUGGAUAAUAAUUUAAGCUUUCCCCCUGAUUUCUUUGUUUUGUUUUAUGUUUUGAGAAAGCUUCUUUCCCUAAUUUUCUUACCCUUCUUGACUCCUGUUGGGCCUGGGCUAUGCUGCAGGGCAGAUCAUCCAGCAGAGCUCCAACAUGCCAGCAGCAUCUGGAAAGAGAUUCAAACCUAGCAAGUAUGUCCCAGUAUCAGCUGCUGCAAUCUUCUUAGUAGGAGCCACCACUCUCUUCUUCGCUUUUACGUGUCCAGGACUCAGCUUUUACAUCUCCCCAAUCAUACCCAUUUACAAUGCUGUGGUCUUCCUUUUUGUGCUGGCCAACUUCAGUAUGGCCACUUUCAUGGAUCCUGGCAUAUUCCCUAGAGCUGAAGAAGAUGAGGAUAAGGAGGAUGACUUCCGAGCUCCCCUAUACAAAACUGUGGAAAUAAAGGGUAUUCAAGUGCGUAUGAAAUGGUGUGCAACAUGCAGAUUCUACCGGCCCCCACGCUGCUCCCAUUGUAGUGUCUGUGACAACUGUGUGGAGGAAUUUGACCAUCACUGCCCAUGGGUGAACAACUGCAUAGGAAGACGCAAUUACCGCUACUUCUUCCUGUUCCUGCUUUCACUUACAGUGCAUAUCAUGGGCGUGUUUGGUUUUGGUUUACUGUAUGUCUUAUAUCAAGUGGAGGAGCUCUCUGGAAUCCGCAUGGCUGUUACAAUGGCGGUCAUGUGUGUGGCUGGCUUGUUCUUUAUUCCUGUAGCUGGCCUUACGGGAUUCCAUGUGGUACUGGUAGCCAGAGGACGCACUACCAAUGAACAAGUUACAGGCAAGUUCCGAGGUGGGGUAAACCCAUUUACCAAUGGCUGCUGUAAGAAUGUCAGUCGUGUCCUUUGCAGCUCUCCAGCCCCCAGGUAUCUUGGGCGGCCAAAGGGAGAACAGACUUUAAUAGUGAGGCCUCCAUUCUUACGGCCAGAAAUAUCAGAUGGACAGGUUGCUAUGAAGAUAAUGGAUAAUGGUAUCCAGGCUGAACUGAAGAGAACAAAGUCCAAAGGAAGCCUAGAAGUAACAGAGAGCCAGUCUGCUGAUGCUGAACCACCACCGCCACCCAAACCAGACCUCAGCCGCUACACAGGUCUGAGGACACAUUUAACCCUGGCCACCAAUGAGGAUAGCAGUUUGCUAAGUAAGGACAGCCCUCCUACUCCUACUAUGUAUAAGUAUCGACCUGGCUACAGUAGCAGCAGUGCUUCAGCUGCAAUGCCUCACUCCACCAGUGCCAAGCUAAAUCGAGGAGACAGUCUGAAGGAGCCCACAUCUAUUGUUGAAAGCAGCCGAAACCCCAGCUACCGUUCAGAACCAAGUCUGGAACCAGAAAGUUUCCGAUCACCUACUUUUGGCAAGAGUUUCCAUUUUGAUCCUCUAUCCAGUGGUUCCCGCUCCUCCAGCCUCAAGUCAGCUCAAGGCACAGGCUUUGAAAUGGGCCAUCUUCAGUCAAUCCGCUCCGAAGGCACUACUUCCACAUCUUACAAGAGCUUGGUGAACCAGACACGCAAUGGGAGCUUGUCAUACGACAGUCUUCUCACACCAUCUGAUAGCCCUGAUUUUGAGUCAGUGCAGGCAAGUUCAGAGCCAGACCCGCUCAUGGGAUACACGUCUCCUUUUCUUUCAGCCCGUAUUGCUCAGCAGCGGGAGGCUGACUUGCACAGUCGUUUUCCAAGCUCUGGUUCACCCAAACACCAGCAACCUUGUGAUUCUUCACCCGUCCGCUAUGACAAUCUUUCGCGGCAUAUUGUGGCUUCCAUGCAAGAACGGGAGAAGUUGCUGCAGCAGUCAUCUAUGCCGUCACCCCUGGCCAAAGAGGAAGAUAUAGGCCUAGGGGACUCUGGGAUACAGUCCACACCGGGGUCCAGCAAUGCCCCACGAACGAGUUCCUCUUCGGACGAUUCAAAACGUUCACCUUUGGGCAAAAACCCACUCACUCGCCCAGUGGCACCUCGCUUUGGCAAACCAGAACCACCACAUGCACUUAGAGUGCGCGUGCUGGCCUCACCAGACCAGCUUUCAUCCUCCCACAUGGGCAAAUCUAUGUCUUACAGCAGCCAAAAACAGUCGCCUCAGGCUGUCGUCCCAGAGACUGAGGAGGUGGCCUUGCAGCCUUUACUGGCACCAAAAGACGAGGUGCAGAUGAGACCCUCUUACAGCAAGUCUAAUGGACAGCCCAGGACUCUGGGCUCAACCUCACCCACCCCUGGCCAGCCACCUCUCAACAGUCCCACUCGAGGAGGAGUCAAGAAAGUCUCUGGAGUGGGUGGGACCACAUAUGAGAUUUCUGUAUGAGGAGCUGAUCUUCCCGCUAUCUACUCCUCUUUGGCUGAUUUCCAAACAUCCUGUCCCUGGUGAUCAGGAGACAUGGAUUUUGCUGGGCAAAUGGUUGCUCCAUCACAUGCAUGGACUUUUUAAAAAUAAAGAAAUAAAUCCCGGUUUUGGUGGGUGGGGGAGAACAGAGAGGACAAUUACCUUUUAAACUUAAAACUAUUUGAGAGAGUUUCUAAACACUACAAUGGGAUCUCGGCCUUGCUCACCUCCACAGCCUGCACUCUUCCCUCUCAGUCACCAGGAGACUGCCGUUGGUAGCACUUUGCCGAGAGUGAAGGGAAGGACUUGGAAGAAAGUGCAGGCUGUAGCCUGUCUUGCUACCAACAGAACAGUUAAUUGUGGACCUUGUGCAAUCGCUCGCCUAGUGCGGUAGGGGUUGAUCAUUUUUAAUUUUUUUUUUAUUAUUGCUACGGAUUCUAUAUUUUUCCUCUUCUGAUUUACUGGGUGUGUGUAUAUAUAAAUAUCUAUAAAUAUAUAAAUAUAAAAAGAAAAAGAAAUUAUAUCUACCCAUAAGUAAGGGAGGUAAGCCUGGUCAUACUUCAUCAGCUGGGCCUGAGGAAACCCAUGUGUAAACCAUAUUCAGAAGAAUCUGGUGGGGUAUAGCAGAAUAGCCAUUUGGUUUACUUUCAGUGAAAACCACUGCAAAACCACUACCCCUGAUAAGGCUGAAGAAACGCCAGCAUCACGUUUGAUCUGGCCUGGUUAUUUCUGCCUCUGGCCAAGCAUGAGCACGAGGAUUUAUUCCAGGAGGGAGCAUACAAAGGCACCCCUUCUAUUAUCUCUGGGUUUUGGUGUUGAAAAUUUUCCCACAAAUAGAUAUAUAUUUUUCCCUGAAAGUCUUGGAGGGUUUAGGAAAACGGGGGGAGUAUUUGGGUUUACUUUUUCAAUGUCCAGACAGAUCUCUUUCAGAAUGAUUCCCAGAGAGAAAACGCUGUUCUCUGUAAACCAGGAAGCAUGUGAAAUACUCAUUAUGGAUCAUUACAGCCUUGGAUUGAGGUGCUAAAUGGAAUGGAUAGCAGUGGGCCCGAGUCCCUUGUGUGGAGAUAGUAUUUGCAUUAGGUAACUCCUCCAAGUGGUUUCCUGUGUUUUUUUACCUUGCUUUUAUGAAAUGCUCCAUAUGAAUUUCUUGUGAUGUCACAGUUCUUUAUUCCCAAACUGGGCAAGAGAAAGAAGAGAGAAAAAAAAACUAACCAAAAAGCAAUAUUUUUUCAUAGGCCAAAAAUCUCUCAUCACGUGUAAAAGCCCAUGGCAGUAGAAAUCAGCAACCCAAGAAUCCAACGGUCUAAGUCUCUACUGAAUCUUUCUCUAUGGCAAUAUCUAAACUGUGGCCUCUGUUAGGCCACACUUUUAUUUUUAUUAUGACUAGCCAUUUUAAAUUGAGGAAUAAAAGAAUACAAUGAGCCA